AUGGCGCCCGCCGUCGUAACCCUCGACUCGACCCCCGACUUCGACGUCUCCCCUUCCUCAACCACGACCGCCUCCGCGGCCCCCGCGAAGCGUACCUUGCUCCUCGCGCCCCCCUCCAUAGCCUCCCACCCGCACAAGCUCCAGACUGUCCUCGCCUCCUAUGACCGCGCCACCACGGACCUGCAGAUGCUCGACCGCCUCUCGGCCGGCCACAUCUCCCUCCCCGCGUCUGCAUACGACUUCGUUCUCAUCCUCACGGACGCCGACGGCUCCCGCGUCGAGUCCACCCGCCUCCUCUCCGACCGCGCCGUGCUCUCGGCCGUCGCCGACGCCCUGAAGCCCUCCGCGGAGCUCAAGGCCCAGGACGGUGGCAACCUCGCCAACGACCCGGCCGUCGCGCGCGAGGCUGUUCUCGCGGGCCUGGUGACCGCCGCGGCCGGCGGCUUCACGAAGCCCGACUACGGCGAAGACCAGGUCGUCACCUUGAGCUUUGGGAAGAAGAAGACGGCCCCGGCGUCUGACGGCUCUGUGCCGCUGGGCGGCAGCGGCAGGCCCACCACGGCGCCCCCCGUCUCCGCGCCCCCCGCGGGCGUCGGCUUUGUCGACUUCAGCGACGACCUAGAUAUGGACGGCGACGACGACCUCAUUGACGAGGACACCCUCCUCACGGAUGCGGACCUCUCGCGCCCUCUCAACAUCCCCCCCGAAUGCGCCCCCAAAGCUGGGAAGCGCCGCCGCGCUUGCAAGGACUGCACCUGCGGCCUCGCUGAGCGCAUCGCCGCCGAGGACGCCGCCGCCCGCGCCUCCGCUGACAAGGCCCUCGCGGCCGUCAAGCUCGGCGCCGACGACCUCGCCGAGGUCGACUUCACCGUCCAGGGCAAGGUCGGCUCCUGCGGCAACUGCGCCCUCGGCGACGCCUUCCGCUGCGACGGCUGCCCCUACAUCGGCCUGCCGCCCUUCAAGCCCGGCGAGGAGGUGCGCAUCCUCAACAACGAUAUCCAACUAUGA